AUGUUGGACCCAGAUAUUUCAAAUGCUUUAGCUGCCAAAUAUAUUGCAGUUCCACUUAUGUUCCCUAUACACCAAAUAUCUGUCAAAGACUUUGCAGGUGAAGUUGGAAACCAAAGUGCUGACCCAGGUGCAAGAACAGAUAUUGCUUUAACAACUGCAAUGAAACAUGCAGAUACUAUGUUUGUACUGUUCAGACGAACUAUAAAUGACUAUUCUUGUUUCUACAACCCUGGUAUUAAAUAUCAUAUAAACAUAGAUGGCAAAUAUUAUCCAAGAGAAGAAUAUUCCACAGUUGAGGAUAUGAGGUCAUACAACUUGACAUUAGAUGCUAUGAACUUUAACAACAACUUCACAACAACCAUUAACCCUGAAAUGCAAAGUUCUAUUAUGCCAUAUGUGAAAGUAUGGACUCAUACAGGAGGUCAAAACACUCAAUAUACAAAUGGAGACCGUUCAAACUUUUGGCUUGGCAUUCCAUUUGCUGACUCAGAAGACUUUAUGGGUGGUAUUUCAACUGUUGGUACAGUUCAAAUACAAUAUACUGGUGACAGAGACG